GCUGUCACCACACUCUGUGACAGGUCAUUUCUGUAAUCUCUUGUGAGCAUGGUGCUUCUCUAGACCCGGACUCCGCCGCUGCCAACAUGCCCUGUCGGGGCCAUCAUCUCUCGCACCACACUUGAUGCCCAUCACUGCAGGCAAACUACAAAACCUACAGGCCAGAGUCUGGUCCAUCUGGAGGAUGGGGAAUAUGAUGAGAGGUGUGAGUGCCAGGAACAAGGUCAGCACUGAAAACCUUGACGGCUCUCAAAAGAGUUCAGAGGACGAGAUGGUGGUGGUGCUCCAGGACUAUCCGUCCCCUGAAAUCAGCGAGCCCAUCUACAGAAUGGGGGAGAAGCUCAGAGUCAUCGCACAGGAGGCUUAUUGGUGGAGAGUUAGCUCUGUCCAAACAGGGAAGGAGAACUACAUACCCGGCAGUCAUGUGGCAAAAGUAUACCAUGGCUGGCUUUUUGAGGGGGUGGAGAGGCAAAAGGCCGAAGAGCUCCUGCUUCUACCUGGGAACAGAGUGGGCUCCUUUCUGGUGCGGGAGAGCACCAGGGAGAGAGGUCUGUAUUCACUCUCAGUGAAGCACAGGAUCGUAAAGCACUAUCGUAUCUUCAGACUGGACAACAGCUGGUACUACAUCUCCCCCCGCCUCACUUUCCAGUGCCUUGAAGAUAUGAUCAACCACUACUCUGACUCUGCAGAUGGCCUAUGCUGUGCGUUAACCUCUCCCUGUCUGUCGGGCACGGCCCCACAAUCAGACGCAAAUCCUGGAGCUUCACCUGUAGUCAUGCGACGCAACUUUGACUGGAAGAAAGUUGACAGGACACAGCUUGUCAGCACAGACAGCUGCGCUGACACCAUGGUGAGCUAUGGUGUCAGAAACAGCAUCGCUGCCUACCUGUCCUUCUCUGGGAAUCAAGACCCCGCAGAAAUAAGUGCAAAGGACAGGAAGAAGAAGAGUAAAUCUGUUUAUGCUAUUCCUGAAAACAGUCUCGCAAACACUGACUAUGAAGAUAACUUCUAGAGACUGCAAGUGGAAUUCAAAAUACUGGAAUACCUUCAAGUGGACGGCAUGUUUCUAAUGUCAGCAGAGGCCUGCGCUGCACUGACACUUAAGUGUUCAGCAUCCCAAACAUCGAAGUGAGUUUUAGUUUCUAAUGUGAGCACUUUGAAGUACUUUAACAAUAACGCAACUUGCAUGACCACUUACACUUUUAUUCACGUGAUGAGAAGGAACAAUAUGGAGUUGAACUGGACGACUGUGCAAUUGAACUGAGAUGUGUGUAUUCUGCACAUGAGCAAACAAAAACAACACCUAACAGCCUGCCGUUCUGAGAGUGAAAAGAAGACUUGAAUGCGAUGGGGACUGUUUGGUAAUGUUAACGUGUAUAUGAAUAUUAGUGGCUUUCAAACUAUUUUCCUGUGUUGUUAAUAAAUGAUGAAUGGUUGAAUGGUCAUAUUAUGA